UACAUAAAUAAUUUUAGACACAUUCUAGUAGGUACAUACUCUCAUACUUGUAUCUUCUUUUCAGAAUCACACAGUGAUGACGAUGAUACACCCGAAUAUGAAGAUAUCCUCUAUGAUUCAUUUGAAAGUGAUAGUGAAGGUGAAUAUUACAAUAUUACAGAGUUUCAGCAGGUAGAAUUACGACACGAUGUUACAAACAUUCCCUUCCACCAGAACCUAGAAAUACCGAGUCCAAUGGAUUUGACAAAUUCACAAAAAAUAUUAGCAAAUUUAAAAAAAAUUUCUCGAGGGACAUCACCAAGUCACUACGAAGGUUUUCGAGGAAGAUUUAUCAAACAGAUAUAGACAUAGAUAAAAAAGAUGAAGAUAUACCAUCUCCCAUAAUAAAUGACAAUGAGCCAUUAAGAAAGUUUCCAAGGAUGAAAGCACCAAAUCCGAAAAAACAGAUAACACAAAACCAGAUAGUUUUUUGUCUAGGAUACGACGAAGUGUUUCCCUUACAGCUGUAUCUGUAUCUAAUCUAUCGAAUUAUUUCGAAAAUCAAAAUAAUACUCAGAACCAAAGACAAAGCAUUUUCUAUUUGAACGACCCCAGCAAUAUUUCCAACGAGAAUGAGAAAAAGGAGGAAAAGGUGAUAAAGAACGAAUCGCCUUUACAGACACCUACUAAACCAAAUAGGUCUAAAAUGGUAAGGCCGAGAAUGCCACCUCCACCGGUGCCACCUAAAAAUAAUGUCCUCGAAAAAUUGUUGAAAGAACAAGAAAGCAAAAAAGCGAUUAGAGCCUCGGUAAUACCUAAAACUGAAUUAAAAGCCGAUGAAAACAAGUCAUGGUAUAGUCAUGUGGGACUAUAUUCUUCAAGAACACUGCCACCGCCAACCAAAGAAGUUGAAGGAGAUAGCGGCAACCGAGUCCGCGACCAAAAUCGUUAAAGUUAAGUACUGAGAAAGAAUCUCCAAAGGGCAGAGUAUUCUCCAGCGUUAUAGAAGAACUGAAUUUUAAACUGAACAAAAACAACAGUGAGACGAACAGUAUACAUAACAAUGUUAAUAAUAACUUCGAAACAGAAAGUAACUACAAUAAUCAGAGCAUGUAUAGUUACAGCAGUGGUGAUUCCAAGAAGGAUGAUUCUUCCGUAACAUACGCCACUCAUGACACAACGUUCUUCGAGGAUGAACCACUCUAUCAGUUUUAUGACGCUGCUGUAUUUGACUCUGUUAAUGAUGACCUGCCUUCCGAUUGUGAGUCUGACAUUUACGAAGACAUGGAACAAAUGAACGAAAACUACAUUUCGUCUUCAACUAUAAACGACUCGUCAGAGGAUUUAGUCGAUCCACAAAAUCGGACAAUAACUUUUACGAAAAGUCUUUGGUGUGAAAUUCCUGAAGUAGUGAAGUCGACAGUUUUAAGUACUCUAAGCUCCCAACAGAAAAAGCUGCAAGAAGCUAAGUUCGAAAUCAUUACGUCAGAAGCAUCGUACUUACAUUCACUCAAUGUAUUAGCGGAUCAUUUCGAAAAGAAGUUUAAGCACUCGAAUAUUGUAAAUGAAAUUGAGUACGAAGUUCUUUUUGGAAAAAUUAAAUCAGUGAGAGCUUGCUCUAGAAAAAUACUUCACGAUUUUGAAAAAUGUUGGCAAAGUAAUGUUCUACUUGAUGGACUCUGUGAUCUUGUACAAAGGCAUGCUGAAGAAAAUUUCCAUGUAUAUAUACCUUACUGUGAAAAUCAAAUUCUAAUUAGUGAAACUCUUAAUAAAUUAAAGGAAAGAACAGACUUUGCAGAAUUUUUAAAUCAACUGGAAUCUAGUCCCGCUUGCCAAUUCUUGUCAUUAUAUUCAUUUCUAAUGCUACCGAUGCAACGGAUAACCAGAUGGCCUCUGCUAGUAGAUGCGAUUUUAAAAAGACUGUCGGAGUCAGAUCCAGAAUAUCUCACGUGCCAAUAUGCUUUAGCAACUAUGAAUAAGACUGUAACUCAAUGCAACGAAGCAGCUAGAAAGAAAGAACAAGAAUUAGAACUUACUAAAAUUUCCGAGAGUUUGGUAUUCGACAAAGAUGUUCCACCAAUAGAAAUUAAUACUCAAGGCAGAUAUAUUAUUAGGUCAGGAUCAUUGAUGUGUUACCAAUCAAGAAACGAUGAUACCAAAAUGACAUUCGGAAGACGUUUUAGCAAAAUUAGUUUACAUAUAUUUUUAUUUAAUGAUCUGUUUGUGGUUAGCAAAAAGAAGAGCGAAUUCUUAUAUACAGUAAUCCAUUACUGCCCAAGGAAUUUUAUAGAAUUGAGGAGUGUCGACAUGUUUCCAGGAUUAAGGAAAAAAGAUGUUAUGGACAAAAAUUUAUUGUACUUAUCCGUGUUGGAGAAUCACCAUAAAAAAGUAGUGGAAUUUCUGCUUUCUGCUCUAACGGAAACUGACAAAGAACGAUGGAUCGAAGCUUUCAGUCCCCCGAAAUCAGAAAAUCCAGAUGAAACGCUCUAUGAAUGUUGGGAUUGUCCCCAAGUGAUGGCUAUGCACAACUACAAUGGCUGUCAGCCUGACGAAUUAUCCUUAUCCAGAGGAGAUGUAAUUAAUGUCUUGAGAAAAAUGACUGAUGGUUGGUAUCAUGGUGAAAGGCUACGCGACGGUCACACUGGUUGGUUUCCUGCAAACUACACAGUAGAAAUAAUAAAUCCUCACGUCAGAGCCAGAAACCUGAAGCAACGAUACAGAUUGCUCACAUUUUCGGAAAAUUAUUUAAAAACGUAG